GUGUCUUAUUAUUUAGAUGCCAAUUAAGCUGUCACGAACAUUUCCUGGUCUCCAGCCACACUGAAACCCUUCAUUUCGAAUUUAUGCCAACAAAGUGCAUGGCAACUGUCAAAAGAAAUGAUGACUUUGAAACUGCUUUGAGCUUAAAGGACCCCCGGUUUUAAACCUGGACGCGCGUUUAAGUGGAUUUGAUUCUAUACCCUGCUGUUGUACACAGAGUCGGAUGCGUUGAAUCGCAGUGUGAAGUGCAGAACAUCAGCGUCAUUGGACUUCUUCCUCCUCCUCAGUCUCCGGAUCCGGACACAAUGGAUCUGACAGCGGUCGCGCUGCUCGUGUCGCUCAUCUCCGUGUCUCUGUCCGCGGAUAACGCGGGCGGCAAAGUGCGGAGCUGCGCGGACGUGCGCCAGUUCUACAGCGGCAAGGGUUUCACGUUAAACGGCGUCCCGCAGUCCGAGAUAUCAGGCGAGCAUCUCCGCAUCUGCCCACAAGGUUACACCUGCUGCACCAGUGCCAUGGAGGAAACGCUGUCGAACCUGAGCCGCCGGGAAUUUGAAGGACUGGUUAGGGAAGCGGGACGUUCCAUUCAGGCCUCGCUAAAUGCCCAGUACAGGACCUUCGACACAUAUUUCCUGGAACUCCUAAAUGGCUCUGAGCGAUGGUUGGAGGAGGCCUUUGUGGCCGCUUUGGGGGAUCUGUACCGGCCCAAUGCGGGAGUGUUUCGUGACCUUUAUGCCGAACUGCGUCGAUAUUACAGCGGUGCCUCCCUGAACCUCGAGGAGGUCUUGGAUGAGUUCUGGAUGAGGCUCCUGGAGCGUCUUUUGAAGGCGUCUGACCCCGAGACCGCCUCCCUGCUCUCCGACGACUUCCUGGAGUGUGCCUCCAAGCAGACUGAAACCCUGCGUCCUUUUGGAGACGCCCCACGGGAACUGAAGACCAAGCUGGUGCGGGCUUUCAUCGCUGCUCGGGCAUUCGUCCAGGGCCUUAAUGUGGCUGGAGAGAUUGUACGGAAGGUGUCUCAGGUUCCUUUGAGCCUGGAGUGUAAUCGUGCCAUUAUGAAACUGGUGUACUGCCCUCAUUGCCGAGGUCUGGGAUCAGUCAAACCUUGCAUCAAUUACUGCAAGAAUGUCAUGAAAGGCUGCCUGGCUAAUCAGGCUGACUUGGACACUGAGUGGCAGAGCCUUAUAGAAACCAUGCUACAGGUGGCCUCCAGUUUUGGUGCUGAGCCCAGUAUGGACAUGGUGAUCUAUUCAAUUCCUGUGAGAAUCUCAGACGCUGUUCUCACUAUGCAGGAGAACAUGGAGAUCUAUACCAGCAAGGUUUUCAAGGCCUGUGGGGACCGCGGUGAGGAAGGAACGCCAAGUUCAAUAUCUGAGGAGCCGAAAAAGAAAGCAAGUACAGUUACUGCCCUGGAAUACAAGCCCAGCCCCAAAUCUGCAGCCAGACUGGAGGUGCAGGUCACAGAUGUGUCCAGUAAAUUGAAAGAAAUGCAAUUUUACUGGAUCCAACUCCCCUCGGCUCUGUGUAGUGGUAAAACGGCAUCUUCAACCAAUGCUGAUAAAUGUUGGAAUGGCAUCACCAAAGCAAGUUAUCUCCCAGAGGUCAUGGGCGACGGGCUGGCCAAUCAGAUUAAUAACCCAGAGGUGGAGAUCGACAUCACCAAGCCUGACAGGACUAUACGUCAACAGAUCAUGCUGCUGAAGAUCAUGUCAAACCGCCUGAAAAAUGCCCUCGAUGGCAACGAUGUAGAUUUCCAAGAUACAAGUGAUGAUUUCAGUGGCUCAGGAAGUGGCAGGUGUGAAGACCACCUGUGCGUCCGAGGUAGAUCUCCGGUUUUUGGUCCAAAAAUGGACAGGCCCAAACUCUCUCCCUAUGGCCCUGAAAACAAAAGAGUCAAAGGAUCCGGAAACCAGAUUCAGCCUUCCGUCAUCUUACUGGCUCUGUUUCUCGCAACUCUACUGCUGAGACAAUAAUGGAGACGCUAAAUCAAACUUUGGGAUCCGGGUCAGGAAAUUUGGCAUAGGACAAGGAAUGCUUCAAAAGAAAAAGAAUAGAGAAAAAUGAGAAAAGGUGAGCUUAAAUGUUGCCAAAAGAAAGAAAAAAAAAAGAAACCUUUUGAGUGAAUGGACAUUUUAAUUCCUCUGACAUACGACAUGAGAAUAGGUGGAAAAGGAAUUUUGUUUCUGUGUAUUUUUAUGUUUUGUAAUAUACGUCAGAUUAAACACUGACCUGUUACAUCAAUUGA